UGAGCACCGGGUUACCUAUAUAUAACAAAUAGAUAUACAAUCAUCCAUCAUAUCCCAAUUAAUUGAAUCCAACCAACACAAAAACCAAGUCAUUCUAAAGCAUUAGCCUUCAAGAUUGAAAAAUGAGUUCAACAAGCAGAGCAUGGAUAGCAGCAACUAGCGUGGGAGUAGUAGAGGCACUAAAAGAUCAAGGACUUUGUAGAUGGAAUUACUCUAUUAGAUCCAUAAAUCAGCAUGUCAAGAACAAUAUAAGGUCAUAUUCACAAGCCAAAAAGAUGUCUUCCCAAUCUUCUUCUUUGAUUUCUACAAAAAGUGAAAUGAAGGAGAAAGCAAAGCAGUCUGAAGAGUCUCUUAGGAAAGUCAUGUACUUGAGCUGUUGGGGUCCCAAUUGAAUUCCAACACUUAAAUUUCUGCUAUUUUUAUGUACAUAUAUGUUCUUUUGAGAAUGAAAGAGCAACUUCUAUAGUUUUGAGGCUUAAUUGCCUUGUCAAUAUUAAUACAACUUUUCCAGUACGUCCA